CUCGUCAAUCCACCAUCACCACCAACAUCACAUAUCCAACUUCGCAAUCAUGUCUGCCCUCAGUGGCAGGCUGAUGCGUAUCAGCAGAACCACUGCAAGUCCUCUGCGCACACCGACACCCUCUGCAGCCAUCCCUCGCGCCUCUACUCUCAUGUCAGCUUCGAGACCGCGAUUGCACCUCGUCCAUCACCACCGACUGACCAACAAUGCCAAUGUUGGGCUCAGAGGCAUGCACGUCAGAGCACUCAGCUUCAGUACCCUAGGCAGGGCAGCUUUGAGAGGAUUGCGUCUGCCUGUAUUCGCUGGUACCGCAGCACUUGGCACCGCAGCGGGCACUCUGGCUAUGGCCAAUCGUACGGCAGAUCGCUUCACCUCCUUCGUUGGGGACGCGUUCGAGUCUGCUUCUGAGGCGGCAUCAGACAUCGCCGGCAGCCUGGGAAACGCUCGUGACCGCAUGGCGUCUGCCUCCUCGCAGGCGUACGAGGACAUGCAGAACUCGGCUUUCCUUCGAUCGUUCAAGGGCUUCUUCUCCGGAGAAGAUCGAGCCUCCUCAUCGUCCCACGACAGUGAGCACGGCGAUAGUGGCAGCCAAGGCGGAGGAGGUGGUGGCGGUAACAAUGCAGCCGCCGCCGCCCUCGCUGCGGGCAUCUUUGGAGGCAGCAACGUUGCGGCUGAAGGCGAAGGCAAAGAGGUAGACGACGACGAGACGAUUCCUUCUGGACUUCCAUCCAGCACCCGCGAGCUCAUGAUGCUCACUCGCAAGCUCAUCGAAGUCCGCAAUAUCCUCAAGACCGUCGACCACGAGAGCGACUCCCUCACUCUCCCCAGCAUCGUCGUCAUCGGCUCACAAAGCAGCGGCAAAUCCUCGGUUCUUGAGGCCAUUGUAGGUCACGAGUUCCUUCCCAAGGGCAGCAACAUGGUCACCCGCCGUCCCAUCGAGCUCACCUUGAUCCACACGCCCAAGUCGACCGCCAAUGGGGGCAAAACACCUGUAGAGUACGGCGAGUUCCCUGGAAUGGGGACGGGCAGAAUCACCGACUUUGGACAGAUCCAGAAGACGCUCUUCGAUUUGAACAUGGCGGUCCCUGCCGAAGAGUGUGUGAGCGACUCCCCCAUCGAGCUUAGGAUCCACAGCCCACACGUGCCAGACUUGACCAUGAUCGACUUGCCGGGCUACGUGCAGAUCAGCUCCAUGGAUCAACCCGAGCAGCUGCGCGAGAAGAUCAGCGGGCUAUGCGAAAAGUACAUCCAAGAGCCAAACAUCAUCCUGGCCGUGUGCGCCGCGGAUGUCGAUCUGGCCAACUCGCCCGCCCUACGCGCAAGUCGUAAAGUCGACCCACUUGGUCUGCGCACGAUUGGCGUUAUCACGAAGAUGGACCUUGUCGCUCCCGAGAUCGGCAGUGGGUUGCUCAGCAAUAACAAGUACCCAUUGGCGCUCGGUUAUGUGGGCGUGGUUUGUAAGACGGGCAUGCUGAGUCGCUUCAGAUCUGGAGGGCAUGAUGCGCAUGGUGAAGGGAAUAUCGGCUCAUCGGUAACCAAGCAGGAGAAUGACUUCUUCAGUGCCAACCGAGAGCAUUUCAAGGCGCCGACCAGGGGAAGGAAUGCAGGGGUGGAACCAAUGACGGGGACGGAUACCUUGAGGAGAAGAUUGAUGAGCGUGUUGGAAGAGAGCAUGGGCUCCUCCCUGCACACAAUCGCAAACGCCGUCCGCAUGGAGCUGGAAGAGGCUUCCUACCAGUUCAAAGUCCAAUAUAACGAUCGAGCCAUCUCUGCCGAGUCCUACGUAGCGGAAACGAUGGACUCCCUCAAGCUACGCUUCAAGGACUUCGCGACUCACUUUGGCAAGCCCGAGGUGAGGCAGCUACUCAAGCAAGCGCUGGACGACAAGGUCAUGGAUAUCUUGGCUCAACUGUAUUGGACUGACCCGCGGGUCAAGGAGCUCGGGCAGCUGGCGGAUGAUAGAAAGAUCACGCCGGAGACGCUCGACAGGUACUGGCAGCACAAACUCGACGCCAGCUCUUCUGCUCUCACAAAGUCCGGCGUGGGAAGGGCGAGCACGCAGCUCGUGGUGGACGCGAUUCGCACGCAGAUCGAGCACUUGGCGCAGACGGAGCCUUUCAAUCACCACCCUGAGGCGGCGGAGCGGAUUCUCGCAUUCAGCUCUGCUAUCCUCCGUGAGCGUUUCGGUCUUACAGCGGACCAGGUGGAGAAUUGCGUCAAGCCUUUCAAGUAUGAGGUCGAAGUCGAGCCUCGCGAGUGGGAGGCGGGAAGGGGACGCUCCGUCGCCCUUGUGGAACGCGAGCUUGCGAUGUGCGACGAUGCUCUGAGCCGGCUGAAGAAGGCCAUCGGCGGGCGAAGACUCAAGGGAGCGAUGGAGUACGUCGCUGAGCUCGAGGAGCGAGACCGAAGAAGAGCGGCCGCGAGGCUGAAGGCGGUUCGCGAGGCCCGGGAAGGAGGCAGCGAACAGCAAGCCGAGCAGCCGCAGCAGGACGACGACCAGUCCGACCCGCUACGUCCAGACUACAACUCGGCCCUCCUCAUCAAAGCGCGUGAAGCCCGCUUCCUGCAGAACAGGUCCGACGUCCUCCAAGCCCGUAUGCGCUCUCUCCAGUCCAAACGCUGCAAGACCUCACCCGACAGCAAAGCCUUCUGCCCCGAGGCUUUCCUCAACGUCGUUGCAGACAAGCUCACCUAUACCGCCGUCCUCUUCAUCAACAUUGAGCUCGUCUCGGAGUUCCUGUACCAAUUCCCGAGGGAGAUCGACUCUCGCCUGGUCUAUGACUUACAGAGGGAGGAUCUGCUCAAGUUUGCACGGGAAAAUCCGGGCGUGAGGCGGCAUUUGGAUCUGCAGAGUAGGAAGGAGAAGCUUGGUGAAGCGAUGGGGAAAUUGGAGGCGCUGCAGGCUAUUUACGAGGAGAGGGGUGGGAAUGCGAGAGGUGGGGGAAAGGACAAGGGUGGGUCGAGUUGGAAGUUCUUCUGAGGGCGUGACAGUGUACGAUAUGACUGCGAUCGCACUUCAAGAGGAUUGCGACUUGUCUUGGAAUCAGACGAUACCAUCACUUUCCUAGUCGUUGUUGCCGCCUCUUCAUUGAGGGCCACGGCCUUUUUCAAGUGGCCCAAGCGCAGGCGGCGAGCGGUCGAGGGCGGCUUCAAUUUGCAAUGCA